AUGAAGCCCAUCCGAAUCUGGCUCAUCCCUGCCGGUCCAAAUCCUUGGAAGGUGGUCGUUAUUUUCGAGGAACUCGGCAUACCUUACAAGAUAACAUCCAUCAAAUUUGACGAUGUCAAGAAGUCUCCUUACACCGAUAUCAACCCCAAUGGUCGUGUUCCAGCUAUCUAUGAUCCGAACACCGACAUUACUCUCUGGGAGUCGGGCGCUAUCAUUCAGUAUCUUAUAGAGCAAUAUGAUGUCGACCAUAAGCUCACGUACACUACUCUCAAAGAAAGACAUCAACUCAACCAGUGGCUUCAGUUCCAAAUGAGUGGUCAAGGACCGUAUUAUGGCGUAUGUGCAUGGUUCAACGUGCUCCACCAGGAGAAGUUGCCCUCGGCCAUAGAACGUUACAAUAAUCAGCUGAAGCGCGUUCUCGGCGUCCUAGACAAGUGGCUCGAAACGCGGCAGUGGCUCGUCGGCGACAAGAUGACGUACGCUGACCUGGCUUUCGUGCCGUGGAACGACCGCAUCGACUCUACCAUUAUCUGCAAGCCGCAGGACAAGUUCUCUGGUUUCCCUAACGUACAGGCCUGGCAUGAGCGCAUGAUCUCGCGCCCCGCGUGGAAACGGUGCAUGGAAGUUCGGGAGCCUCUGAUGAAGGAGCAAGGUUUGGAUCAAGAAACAGGAAGACCGGCCCGCUUUAAAACACAUCAAGAAUUUGAAGAAGCAGUUGCCAGAGGAGAAAGUACCGAUGCUUGA